AUGGCGGAGCCCUCUCAACAACCAAGUCCAUCUCCUCGACGACAAACUUCUGGCUAUUUUCUUAUUAACCCCCUUUCAACGUCUUCAAACAAAGACAAACAGUUCAACUCGUUCUAUUGCGAAAUAGAUGACAUGACGACUCGUGACUUAAACAUGGAAGGCGUCCCAUUGUGUCUUGUUGAAAUUUUGAAAUACAUCGAAAAGAGUGUUCGAGCCAAUCCCACGUUAUUUAAAGAUAAACCAAUAGGGGCGUUCCCUUGUAUUCAAUUGUUGACGCCAAACAAAACAAUUCUGUCGAUGACGUUGCGUCAUAUCAAUGAACACGAGACGUCAAAGUCAUUACAACGCCUUGGAGUGAGUAAAAAGGAUGCGAAAAAGAUCAAAUUGUUUUCAUUAGAACACGACUACUCGUCUUUCUUUAUGAAACUCAACGCAAAUGCAAAUUUUCUGAACGCGCACUUCUCCCAAAUGAAACGAAUGAUCGACGCGUUUAAUGUCAUUCCAUCAACACGAGACUUGGAAAACGUCAGGACCGCCUUUAUAUUACUCAAACUGUUCUUCUUGUUCCUCCCAACACCAAUUCUCCCUCCGGAAUUCCUGAAGAAACUCUCAAAAAUGUAUAAAGCAAAUCCGAUGGACUUAGUCGGCAACAGACAAACUAUAAGAAGUGCUAUUGGCGAAAGGAGGGAGAAAAUAGUUAAUAAAACUAUUAACUUUCUUAUUGAAUUAUCGCUCAUCACUGCAAUGGAAAAGCAAGAAAUUGAUGAGAUGGUGUCUUGCUUUGUGAAGGCUAUGGCUUGCACAGACAACCAAAUUUCUACGAAUGUCAUCGACUCACUACUUGUGUUGUGGAAGGCAGACUGCUCCAACGACUCAAAUAUUUUAAAUCACUUAGAAGGCGAAGUCGUGUUAAGAAAGUACGAACGCGCAGAAUGUCUGAAGUACAUGUGCGUUGAUGGGUCGUUGUGGGGGUCUCGAGAGAAGAACGAAGACGUUGUCUCUGGCAUCCUUUUCAUCACGACGUUUCGAAUUAUCUUCUGUCCGUUCGACGAGGUGCAAGUCAACAAAUUUGUGUCUGAGAUCUCCGUCAUUAACAUUGCAGCGGUCAAAGUGUAUGGAGAUAAAACAAUCACUGGUGCUCAGAACAACAUUUUCUAUUUGCGUGUUGUUGGGAAGAAUUUGGUCUGCACGACAUUCAAAGUGUUUGAAUGUAUUAAAGACGAUUUUGUUCAGUUACUUUCGAAGUUACAACAAGACUACAUCGUCGAUUUAGUACCGACACUCGAAAAGGACGCAAUUGAACGCGACGCCAAGAGAAUGAACAUCACACAGAAAUGCUUUAAUUGGUACACCCCACCCCUCCCUUUAUAUGGGAUUGCUGAACGACCAAUUGUUGUUUCAUUCAAAUCUCCAAGUGGGAGUUUGUUGCUCAGAUUUGGUACUGUUCGAGAGUGUUCCGUUUCGAAUGGAGUCACCAACAAAACGCCGACAGUGAAAGUGGAAAAUUUGAAUCAGUUUGCUUGUAGAACAGUCGAACCAAUAGGAGAAAUGGAGAGAUGUUUUAGUCGCAUGCAAAUAUUAGUAGGGCGACACACGACGGAUACUUCAAAUGAUGAAUUUGACGAGAAGGUCAUGAUGAUCUCGCGAUGUGUUGAUGGGUUUGUCUCGCUGUCGAUCAUAUUAGUCAAACAAUUGAAUGAGAAGAAAGACGUAUUGUUGGUCCCAAGAGACUUAAAUAGCGAAGACAACGUCGUAGCGUUUGAAGUGUUAGCUGAAGUGAUAUCCGAUCCUUUCUAUAGAACACUUGAAGGUCUUAUUGUGAUACUGAAAAAGCAAAGUAUGGCUGAGAGUGAAAUAGUCUUAGUGUUACUUAUAGUGGCCAUUGACGCAGUAAUGAAGCAGAACUUCUCGAAAUUCCAAUACAAUGAAGAGCUUCUGCUCUUGUUGUUUGAUAACUUGUUCCAACGUAACGAUGUGUCUUCCCUUGAAGGUGUGAUAUCGACAAUUUCAAAGAACAAGAGUCUGUAUAUGAAUACGUUGUAUAACACACAAUCACAGAACGACACAACACCAUUAACGUGGAGACAUAUCAAUGGGAUGAACUGUUAUUGUUUCCAGCGGUGGAGAGUGUUGAUGGAAAAGAAUUCAAAAUUUGACAUGAAGAUAUCGAAGUGUGAUACGAAGACAACGGAACUGUUUAAUAAAGAACAAAACAUCGUUAGAAUACCACAACACCUCAUUAAUCUGCAACACCUGGCUCUUAUAGACCUCUCCGGAAAUGAACUCUCCGAGUUUCCAAAGGAAAUAUGCCAACUGCCGCACCUGAGAAGUCUUAACUUGUCGUCAAACAAAAUUGGAGUUGUCACUGAAGAGGUCUCAAGACUUACGACUCUUCAAAAUUUGAACUUGAGAAACAAUUUGAUCAUCUCCCUCCCUUCAUUCAUUCAAGUACCUCUCCUCUUCUUCGACAUCUCGUAUAACCCAAUUGCAGACGUCAACAAAGGUAUAACACCAAUUUUCCGUUUAAAUCCAUCGCUUGAAGUCUUUAUAGGGGAGGACUUGAAACGAUUUCCAAAUGAAUUGAGUAAAAUGAGCGAACUCGUUUCGCUUGAUAUUUCUAACACGAUAUUUAACAUCGACGAGUUCAUCGCAAACCCUCCGAUCAAAUUGACUGAACUCAAACUGCGCAAUUGUGGGCUGAAAUGUAUUCCAAAUAACUUGUGGAAUCUGAAGCUGAAGAAAUUGGAUGUGCGAGAUAACGCGAUUCUCAAGAUAGACUACGAAUUCUUUUCUAUGACCACAUUGGAAGAGGUUGACUUUCGAGGCAAUGGAAUCAAGCGGAAAAGUGUACUAUUUAAGAAACUUUUUAAUUUGAAAAAGGCAUUCAUUGACUCUACUGCAAAGGCGGAAAGGAUAUUAGACCAACAUCGCGUUAUAGAAGCUGUCACAGACAUUGAUAAAGUGGUUAUUACCGGUGAUGAUUUUCGUAGUGAAGUAUUUAAUAUUCUUCAAAAGAAAAUGAAGGAGUACGGACGAGUAGUUGAAACGAAUGGGAGUUUCUACUUUUCGCCGAGUAUUAAAAGAAAGAAGAUUGACAGUUACGGGGAGAAGGUUGAAUUUUGUAUUGGCAAGAUAAAGGCGAUAGAAGAGAAGAUGUGGGAGAACCGUCGUAAGUUAUACGUAGUGUGUCGGAACAGUUGUGGGAAGACGAGUGAGCGUGUGUUGAGUGCGUUGAUGUCUGUUGGAGUGACGAAAGGGGUAGUGAUAGUGAUAGAGAGUGACUUGAGUGUGAAAGAUUUAGGGAAAUAUGGGGUGUUGAAUACCAAAUACAUUCAAGUGUCGAACAAAGAAAAGAAGUAUAGUGAAUUAGCAAGUUAUUUGAACAACGAAAUUAAACUGCGGAGCGAGAAGAGUGAAGAUGGAUGUGAUCUAGUUGUGAACGAACUAGGGAUUGUUGGUGUUACCCAGUUCAAUAUGACCGAACCCCAAUUUUCGGAGUUCAUUUCUCUGUUAAAUCUGCCCAUCAACCAAAGUCUUGUCAUUUCAAAAUGGUUGCAAGAAAAUGGGUACAUCAUUUCAUUACCCGAAUCGCGCGAUUGCUUCAUUCCCACGUCUUCAAAUGCAACCGACAAACGCAUUUUAGUCGAUUUGACGUUCUUUGAGGCGGUCAAAGACGCGAUAUUUAAAGGGGAACUCCUCCGAGGGUUUUGUGAUGGGCGACUGUUUGAUCGACUUCACAUUAAAGCGUCGAGUAAACCAUUUUUGUUGGAAAUGAUGAGUUACUAUGGGAUAUGCUUCUCACUCUCAUACAAGUGCGCAAAGAGCUUUGGUCUUACAAAACAGUUUGAAGAGGUAUACACCUUAGUGAGUACCGACCGACAGAAAACCCCGAAGAGAGUGACGAAAGGCCUUUUGGCCGAUGUGAAGGACUUGACGUCGUUUGUUUCGACAAAAGAAAUCAAAUUUGUCAAGGAAGACCUCCUCAAAACAAAAAGUGUUGAAAAUUUGCCGGUGUCUGCUGUUGAAAUUGAACGAAGGAAUGUCACUCAGAUUACUUUAAGUGACGAGAGUGUAUUGGUAUACCCUUACUUAAAUCUCGACGACGACGAAGUUGGAGAGAAGCGCGAGAUAUCGCGGCGUUUGACGACUGAGUUUUCGCAGAGUGUGUUGUGUCGGUGCGAGUCGAAGAAGUUGCUUGAAAAUCCGUAUGUACCGAAGGGGUGGCCGCUGUACCACAAGAAGAAUGAAGUUGAAGUUGGACGUGUUUACCUUCUACAAACGCACACGACCAAAUUAGUGAGUUGUAUCAAUUGUUUUACUUCCUUGAAGUAUGAAGUGGUACACCAAUGGAAACAAGGUGUGGUAUGUACGUGUCGAGAUGGAGCGUUAUUAGUAUAUCUCUUAGUAAGAAGUGAUUUAGACGAGAAGCGUGUUUACGUUCGAGUGAGGUACCUUUUAACGAGUGAUUCAGUGUGUUUCCAUGGGUGUAGUGUGUUAGAAGAGACGUGUGUGAUGAUUGAGUCAUUAUUAGAGAUGAACAAAGUGAAAUAUGAGAUGUCGGUGUUAUGUCCGCAGUGUUUAGUGCAUGGGUUAAUUCAUUUAAUUGAUAUGAAACAAUUAAAAGCGAGUGUGAAAGAGUUGAAUGUGUAUUUAGUGUGUGGGGAGUGUCGAGUGAAUUUGGUGAUAUCCGUCUUUGAGUUCUUUGUGUCUGCGUUUCGGUUUGACAAGCUUACGAAUAUCAGCGACUUUCAGUAUAUCAAGGGGAUUGCGACGGGGUCGAAUUCAGUGAUCAGUUUAUAUGAAGUCAUUCACGACACGAUCGGCCUUCAAAUUGGAGAGAAAGUGAUCAUCAAAACGUCGCAGAUGGACUUUUCGAGUUCACAAAUGGACGACUCGCAAACUGCGGAGGGGAUGUUCACCAAUUACAUGCAAGAGUUCUUCAGAGAGAUGAAAUUUAUUCGUGCGCCACAUAAUAUUCACGUCGCUUCGAUCUAUGGAUACUCCGUCAAACCGUUGUGCAUUGUCAUGGAAUAUUUCAAUGGGGGCAACUUGUUCAAUGCACUCCACGAUAACAAAGGAAUCGCUUUUGACUGGAAAAUGCGAUUGAAAAUAGCAACGGAUGUUGCUAAAGGCCUUGGCGUUAUUCAUAAGAUGGGGUAUAUCCACAGAGACGUGAAAUCUCCAAAUGUUGUGCUUCGCACGGACUCACAAGGGACAAUUGAAAGUUGUGCAGUCAUCGACUUUGGCAUGUCUGUCAAAAUAAUUAAGCAAAAGAGUGAGAAAGAAAAGGAAACGACUGAAGACAAAGAAGGUCCUACAGAUGAGGUCGAAUGCCCGUAUUGGCUUGCUCCGGAAGUAAUUUCAGAGCAUCGAACGACUCCAAAAGUCGAUGUGUAUUCAUACGGAAUUGUGUUGUGGGAAUUGGUGACUAAUAAAGUCCCAUUUUCUGAGUGUAAAUUCUUCACAGAAGUCAAAGAGAAAAUAGUAAGUGGAUUACGACCAUCUUUUGAUGAAAAGACUGAACUCAAAGAAUUAAUCAAAAGAUGUUGGGAUCAAAACGACCUUAUUAGACCAGACUUCGAUGAGGUUUUAAAAUACUUGGAAGAGCUUAGUCUGUCAAAACAAUCAUCAAAACCAUCGAAAAUCUCUAAAAUGUUUUAA